AUGGCCGCAAUUCACGUGUGUUUUUCAAGUUGCGGGUGUAAUAGAACUGCACACUGCGUGGACUGGGGGAGAAAUGGCCUGGUUUGCUAUGGAGCUUGCAGAGCGGUGGCUUUUUAUCAACCUCAGCAAUCAGAGGGUCCGGGAGGGAUUGUGGCGAAUCUCGUCGCUCAUGAAGACCGCGUGAACUGUGUCAAGUGGAUUUCAAUGCAAGAUGGAGGAGAUGAGACAGAACUUGUUUCUGGGUCUUCAGAUAGAACUGCUAUUGUUUGGCAAGGCACUGGAACAAAGUUUCAGCCUGUAGCCAUAUUAGAGGGGCAUACUGGACCUGUCACUGCUCUAGACGCCCUCUACUGUCACAACAUGGAGCCUGGACUCUGUACAACAUUGAUUGCUACAGCCUCCUCAGAUUCCACAGUAAGAAUAUGGCAACGUGAAGAAGGAGGUUUCCAGUAUCAGCAAAGUAUUUCAUUUGGCAGUGGUUUUGCUGUUGAUGUUAGCCUAGCUGUGUUACCAGGAACAACAGGUAAUGUUUUGCUGUUGAUGUUAGCCUAGCUGUGUUACCAGGAACAGCAGGUAAUGUUUUGCUGUUGAUGUUAGCCUAGCUGUGUUACCUGGAACAGCAGGUAAUGUUUUGCUGUUGAUGUUAG